AAUAGCGCAUCAAAGCAGAAAUAACAGAAUACAAAAUUUUGCUGACGGAAUUUGUGGAGUACAUUGCCGUUGUUUUCCAAGUUUUCCUUUGUUGAUUUGUUUGUAGUAAACGUAUACUUUUUGUACGUGAUCUUUAUUGUGAUACGUUUGAUAAAAGAAGAUUAAUAUAAUUUGUUCUCACGCUGUUUGCAAAGCAGAAUCGUUGUGAUGUUUUCGCAAAUGGCAAAUAUUUGUCUAUAUUCCCAACGCACUACCUCCCUGUUCAAACACAUUCCAGCACAAAAAACGUCAACCAACUGCAAUGUCUCUACGUGCAAUUAAGAAACGUGAAAAUCAGCAAACUUCAUCAACUGGCGCACGCCAAACGCUCUUUAAGAAAUCCAAUACAUCUCCACAACAACGCAAGCCGCUAUUAACGGCAAGUGGUGCUAACAACAGUAACAAUAUCUUGAAGCCUAACAAUACUGCCAUUUUUAAACAAUCAAGUAGUCUACAUUCACUACGCAAUCUACAGAAUCAACACACCUUACUCGAUCGCGCCGCACACUCCAGCCCGGAACUACGUCAUCCGCACAGUGCGGACAACGAUACGGUUGAAAGCUUCGCGCAUGUGGUACGCACCAAAUCAGAUGGUGAUUUGAGUGCAUUGUUGAAAAGUUGUACGGGUAAUGCAGCAGACACUACUGGUCGUGGCUUAAUUGGUGCUAAAUCAGAGGUUUGUUUAGAAUCCAUUUCUUCGCAUAGCUACCAAGACGGAAGUCAAACCACAUCUAUAUCAAGUGAUACAACUCCAACACCACCUACAACAUUGCGUACAAAUAUUUCCAAACCUAUUGGUUCGCUACAUCAUCCAACAAUCAGUACCACAGGCAAUAUGUUGUCCGGUGCGCGCUCACAUCGUGACCUCUCACAGUCAGCUUACGCCGCCAAUACCGGCACGUAUGACAUCACACUUUCACCAACAAGCCGACGUAUGAGCGAAUGUAGUUUAAAUUCGAGUACGAACUUUUCGCAACGCACUAGUGCAAUGUCCAGCAGUGUAUUAACACUGUCAUCAAAUAACCCUGCCACAAAUGAGCCGAACACUGUGAUGCGUGUGCCCAUAAUCGGUUAUGAGGUAAUGGAGGAACGUGCGCGUUUUACUGUGUACAAAUUGCGUGUAGAAAAUCCAAUGACCAAUGAUUGUUGGUUAGUGCUGCGACGCUACACAGAUUUCGUGCGUUUGAAUACGAAACUUAAACAGCUGUUUCCAAAUGUUGUGCUGUUGUUGCCACGCAAAAAAAUAUUUGGUGACAAUUUCAAUGCCGUCUUCCUGGACAAUCGUGUACAGGGUCUACAAAUAUUUGUCAAUUCCAUAAUGGCCAAGGAGGAGUUAAGAAAAUGUAAAUUGGUGCGCGAAUUCUUUUGUCUAGAUGAACCGCCGUCAUACUCUGAAUCUAUGGAGGAGUGCAGGGCAAUUUUUGAAGCACAAGAAGAAACGAUAGCACAUUUAAAAGUGCAAAUAAAUAGCAAAAACGAAUUGAUAUUAAGUUUACAACAAAAGCUAAGGGACGAAAUUGCGGAAAAAGAGCAGCUAAAAAAUGCAAUCAAAGACGCAUCCACCAAUUGUGCGCAGUGCGCUGCUGCGGAGCAAAGUGCUCCCUAAAAUAGGUACAACACAUCUCACACAAAUAAUUACCACGUAAGAUAUUAAGUUUAAUUGAUUGUUUGUGUUAUGCAAAGCAUAGCUGUCGACAAUUAGGAAAACAUUUAAUAAUUGAAAGAGAAGAUAUUCUGCUGCAAUAAUUGCAAAAUAAAACUUCGGGCAAAGUUCGAAUUUCUUAACAACUAGAUUAAAUUUAAUUAUUUUCAUUUGGAUAAAAUCAGACGCUACUCAAAAUGCAAUUUGCGUUCCAAUAACGCUUAACUAUUUCCGUUCUCGAACUGUGUGGUAUUUUUAAUAGUU